AUGGAUAAGUUCCGGCUGGUGUUCCAGUUCCUGCAGUCCAACCAGGAGUCCUUCAUGAACGGAGUGUGCGGGCUGCUGGCUCUGAGCAGCGCCCAAGUCUACUCCAGCUUUGAGUUCACCUGCCCCUGCCUGCCCAGCCACAACCUGCCCUACGCGCUGGUCGUCUUCACCCUGCCGCCGCUGCUGCUGCUCCUGUUCGGCUUCGUGCUCAACAACAACGUGUCGGUGCUGGUGGAGGAGUGGCGGCGGCCGGAGGGGCGCCGAUCCAAGGACGGGGCAGUGCUCCGCUACAUGUUCUGCUCCACUCUGCAGAGAGCGCUCAUCGCCCCCGUGGUCUGGCUCAGUGUCACGCUCCUGGAUGGAAAGUGCUUUACCUGCGCCUUCAGCGAGCGCCUGGACCCCCGCACGCUCGGCGCCAACGCCUCCGCCCUGCCCCCGACGCCGGCCGAGCUCCGCCGGCUCCUCGCCACCCUGCCCUGCGAGGAUCUCUUCAGCCAGCCGGCAGCCAUUUCCCGGGAGGCCGCCCAGCGCUACCUCCGCUGCCUGUCCCAGACCCUGGGUUGGUGUUUCCUGCUGCUGACCACUUUCCUGGCGUUCCUGGCCCGAGCCCUGCGUCCGUGCUUCACCCAGGUCGUUUUCCUGAAGACCAGGUAUUGGUCUCAUUACAUUGACAUCGAGCGUAAGCUCUUUGAGGAAACCUGCAGGGAUCACGCAAGGAACUUCGCCAAGGUCUGUGUCCAGCAGUUCUUCGAGGAGAUGCAAGGAGAGAUGAGGAGGGGGUGUGCUCCUCCCCACUCCCCGGGACUCCGCACGGAGGAGGAGGAAGAGCCCAAACUCUUGGGCAUCACGGACAGUAAGAAUAUGAAUAGACUGCUGAGCAAUUGGCACAACAGCAGACCGCCGCUGAACGUGAACACUGCCCCCACCCAGCCCAAGCAACUGACCGACGCCAAGCUCAACAACUGGGGACAAGUCCGGUGGGAGAAAGUGGCCUUCUAUAGCAAGGUGUGA